AUGGAUUGUACGUAUUUAUUGAUGUGCUUUUCACUCUGUCAACUUUUUUUGGAUCAUAUUUUCGCUGCAGAAACACAUGAAAAACUCUCUGGAAAGUUAAGUGAAUAUGGUCUUAUCGUGCCAUUCAGCACAGACUCCCAGGGCCGGUACAUUUCUCACGUGGUCUCUGCUGGAAGUGGAAGUAAUGGUGAUGGUGAUGCUGAUGCUGAUGCCGCCUCAGCCUUCAGCAGCAGCAGCAGCAGGAGGGUGGCCCGCAGUGCCCCCGAGAUGCCCCCGGUCACCCCCGCCUCUACGCAGCACUUGUUUUUCAAUGUCACUGUGUUUGGAAAAGAACUGCACCUCCGCCUGAGGGCCAACAGGAGGCUGGUGGCCCCGGGGGCUUUUGUGGAAUGGCAUGAGGACUUUGUGGAAAAGGCCAAGGAACAUAUCCACAGGGACUGUGUUUUCACUGGAGACGUCAGCGACAUGCCGGAGGCCUCUGUGGCUAUCAGCAACUGUGACGGACUGGCAGGUCUGAUCCGGACUGAUAAUGGGGAGUUUUUCAUCGAGCCCCUCGAGAAAGGCCAACAGGACGUGGAAGUGAAGGGGCGGGUCCACGUGGUUUACCGCAGGUCCGCCAUCAAGCGGGAGACGGGCCCUCGGAGGGAGGACCUUCACAAUGAAGUGACAGACUUCGGGAUUGCAGACCUUCCUGUGGCUCUGGAUCUCGUCGAACAUAAACUGUCUGAGUCCGAGCGAAAGAGGAGGCAUGCGAAGAAAGACGACUACAACAUAGAGGUGCUGCUGGCUGUGGACGACUCGGUGGUGCGUUUCCACGGCAAGGAGCACGUGCAGAAUUACGUUCUCACUCUCAUGAAUAUAGUUGAUGAAAUCUACCAUGAUGAAUCUUUGGGAACCAACAUCAAUGUUGUUCUUGUUCGCAUGAUAAUGGUCGGGUACCGACAGUCUAUAAGCCUGAUUGAGCGUGGCAACCCAUCCCGCAGCCUGGAGCAGGUUUGUCGGUGGGCCAACACGCAGCAGCGUCGGGACCCCGACGACGACGAGUACCACGACCACGCCAUCUUCCUCACAAGGCAAGAUUUUGGUCCCGCAGGUAUGCAAGGUUACGCUCCAGUGACAGGGAUGUGCCACCCACUGAGGAGCUGCACUCUGAACCACGAGGACGGCUUCUCCUCCGCCUUUGUGGUUGCUCACGAAACCGGCCAUGUGCUCGGCAUGGAGCAUGACGGACAGGGGAAUCGCUGUGCUGAUGAGACCAGUAUGGGCAGCAUUAUGGCGCCACUCGUCCAAGCAGCGUUCCACCGCUAUCACUGGUCACGUUGCAGCAAGCAGGAGCUCAAUCGAUACAUCCACUCAUAUGACUGCCUGCUGGAUGAUCCCUUCAAACACAAGUGGCCCAAGCUUCCUGAGCUCCCCGGAAUAAAUUAUUCAAUGGACGAGCAAUGCCGCUUUGAUUUUGGUGUUGGUUAUAAAAUGUGCACCGCUUUUCGAACCUACGAUCCUUGCAAGCAAUUGUGGUGCAGUCACCCCGACAAUCAGUACUUUUGUAAAACCAAAAAAGGUCCUCCGGUGGAUGGAACCGAGUGUGCCCCCGGAAAGUGGUGCUUCAAGGGCCAUUGCAUCUGGAGGUUCAGCCAGCAGCCUCAGGGCCACGACGGGAGUUGGGGUUCCUGGUCAGAUUUCGGUUUCUGCUCCAGGACAUGUGGAGGUGGAGUCCGCUCCCGCAGCAGACAAUGCAACAACCCACCGCCUGCCUAUGGAGGUCGAGAUUGUCCCGGUUCUGCUUUCGACUACAAGAUGUGCAACAUGGAGGAGUGUGCUGGCCCUUAUGAAGACUUCCGAGCUCGGCAGUGCAUCCAGAGGAGCAACAAAUACCACAAAAACAUCAAGCACACCUGGCUGCCGUACGAGCACCCAGAUGACGCCCGUAAGUGUGAGCUCAGCUGCAAGUCAAAGGAGACCGGAGAGGUGGUGUUCAUGAACCAGGUGAUGCAUGAUGGGACCCGCUGCAGCUACUCGGAGCCCUACAGCGUGUGCGCCCGAGGAGAGUGUCUGCAUGUAGGCUGCGACAAGGAGGUCGGCUCUUACAAACAAGAGGACAAAUGUGGAGUGUGUGAGGGGGACAACUCACACUGUCGCACCGUGAAGCUGACUCUCACUAAGACCCCCAAAAAGAACGGAAUGCUGAAAAUGUUCGAUAUCCCAAUGGGAGCUCGCCACAUUGUUAUCGAAGAAAACGAAACUUCCCCUCAUAUAGUUGCCGUGAAGAAUCAAGUUACUGGAAUCUUUAUACUGAAUUCAAAAAGUGAAGAAGCGGAAACAAAGACCUUCAUCGAAAACGGUUUACAGUGGGAGUAUUCCCUCGAUGGUGAGAAGGAGACGGUGAAAACAACUGGUCCUCUGCAUGAAGGCAUCGUAGUGCUGGUAAUUCCUCAGGAAGAAGACACCAAGAUUAGCCUGACGUAUAAGUAUAUCAUACAUGAGGACCUGUUACCGCUUAUCACCAACAACAAUGUUCUCUUGGCUGAACUGGACACCUAUGAGUGGGCACUGAAGAGCUGGUCUCAGUGCUCCAAACCCUGCGGGGGAGGCAUACAGUACACAAAAUAUGGAUGCAGGAGGAAGAGUGACAGUCGUUUGGUUCAUCGAAACCUUUGCGAGACCAGCAAGAAGCCCAAACCCAUCCGAAAACGCUGCAACGUCCAAGAGUGCAGCCAGCCCUUGUGGGUGGUGGAAGAGUGGAGUCCCUGCAGUAAGACCUGCGGGAAGCUGGGCUACCAGACCAGGGGGGUGCAGUGCAUGCAGGAGCUCCACAACGGCACCAACAGAGCGGUCCACAGCAAACACUGCACCGAGGACCGGCCGGACACCAGGAAGACCUGCAACCACACCACCUGCCCCGCCCAGUGGAGGACAGGGGCCUGGUCUCAGUGUUCAGUCACCUGUGGGGAAGGCAUUCAGCAAAGGCAGGUCGUUUGCAAGGCCAGCGACAACACCAUUGGAGAAUGUGAGGGCGAGAAGCCGGAGACCGUCCUCAUUUGCAAACUCAAUUCAUGUCCAGGUCAGCCAGUGUCUCCUCUCACAGUUGAAACGAUGGAAAACUUCACAAUAAAAGAUGAAGCAGUACACCAAAGGGCUCCUGAGAACCCAGUCCACAAAAUCUCUUCAAAUGAGCCGUGUCUGGGGGACAAAUCGAUUUUCUGUCAAAUGGAGGUUCUUGCUCGAUAUUGUUCCAUCCCUGGAUAUAAUAAGCUUUGCUGUGAGUCUUGCAACAAGAAAGAACACUUCGCCACACAUUCUCCAGACCGCCAAAACAGCCCAGUGGCCUCGGCUGAACCUGAGACCUCCGCUCCUUUUCACCCUGCGUCCCCCAAGGCUCCGCAGCCCGCCACCACCCAGAGCCCGCCGCAAACCACUAAAGCUGUCGGCAGACGGCUUCGCUCGACCCCCCCGGUGCCAACCACCGCUGCAGCUUCUGAAGCCCCCCCGCCCACAGGUGCCGCUCCGCCCCGGGGACCCUCCAGCGACUCAGACCCGGGGCCUCUUCUACCUCCAGGGCCCACACGGCCCACAGCAGACUCCAGUGGAGGUGCCGCUAAAGAGCACAGUCCAAACAGCACUUUAGGCCCAGUUGCUGCCAGGUCAAGAAGGGACGCUUUAGGAUCCGAGAGGGACUCGAGUCACAGAACCCUGUCAGCUCAGAAAUGAACAGUGAGUGAUGUUGUGAACAUGCUGCUCAGUGAGACGCUCUCAUACAUCAGCUCGCCCUUCUGCAGCAUCUGAUAGACUUGCAGUCUUGCUGCAGAUAUUUUCUUUCUUUUUUUUUUUACAAAGGUUUUUUUUCUCCUACGCCAGUGAACAUAGACCAGACCAGCGAUGGUUACCUCAUCAACACGUUGGCGGGAUCUGUGUGCAGCGCCACUCACCCUCUGUGCUUCAAAUAUGAAUAAAGAAGGAAAAAAAAGUUGUCAGGUGCUGAACUAAAACGACUACAAGAUGUGUUCAAAAUGUGAUGACUGCAUUGCUACAUUCAUGUUUUUAUCUGUGUACAGUUGUGUAAUCCUGUUUUUUCAAGUGCAUUAGAACUACUAUUGAACUUGUAUUGUGAACAUGUGAGGAGAGGUCAGAGGCCAUGGUUUUGAAGGUACACGUGUCAGCUGUGAAGAACAGAGUGUGCCACUGAAAUGAUAAUAGACCAUGCCAGUGUGAAAUUAUAAUCAAUUAAUACAUUGCUAUGCGAUUAAGUCAUUAAAUUAGCAUUUGCAUGACACUCAAUCUAAAGUAAUUUAACAGAUGACAGGGGAAGAAUUUAAAUUGCAAAUGUUCUGAACUUCCCUUCACUAAUGUCUGCCACGAAUCAAUAUUAACAGCAAAAUGCAGGUGUAUCUUAUUCCAUUCCGCUACAUGAAAAACAAAACAGUAGUAGUAGUAGUGAUUUUAUGUAGUGCGUUUAAAAAGAAUUGCUAAAGGAUGAGAUAAUCAAACAAAACAACACUUAUUUUUCUGGACGAAUAAUAUGGCUGGCAUCUUCCUUUUAAUGACUCCUGAAUUUAAAAACAGUUUUCCCAGUUUAGAACAACAUGUGGCACCUAAAAUUCCAUCCAACACUGUAGAGCAGAAACAUGUGUCACUGUCUUUAGCAGACACUCCGUGCUCCUGUCGCUGUAGCACAUUUUAAUAUUGCAUUUUUUUUUUAAAGAAAAAUGCUCUUAUGCAAAUGAGUGGCAACUAACCCUUGGCAAACAGCUAGGACUUUCUGGAGUCUUGUCGUCGCCAUGAGGUUGCUAACAAACCUAACUAACUCUUCAUAGAUGCCAGGCAUUUUUUUAAUAAAUCAUUCAGAUGCAAAUAAAUUGAUAAUGGCUCAAAUGUAACUGAUUAUAAUAAGACACCUGUUACAUCUAUAAUUAUUCCUAUGGCACACUCCAGACUCAAUAACCAUCUCUCCUGGCAGGGAGCCUCAUGGCUUCCUGUCCCCGGUGCUCUUUUUUUUCAUGGUUUUGUUCCCAAAUCCAACGUACUGGUGAUUAUCUUCACUGGUAAAAAAUAAAUCAUGACUGUCUGCAAGCCAACCCCACUGUAGCAUGCCCAGGUCUGCCUUUGGGAGUCAGUCACUUAACGCUUUAAAAAACUCAUUGUUAUCUUUUUGUAACUGAUAUAUUUUUCAGAUAAUAAUGUAUAUAGUGUAAAUUUCAAGUUAUGAAAAGAAAUAAGCAACCAGGAAUCGACCAUAAAGUAUGUUGAAAGCAUAUGUAAAAAUAAGUCUACAGACUGGUUGGUCAUACUGCUACACCAUUCCUGCAUUGCAGUUCAUAACUUCAUUAUGUGUAUUGUAUAGUUAUUGUAUAUACGUACGUGAAUGAAAGCUUUAAAUGUUAAUAUUUAUUGAAUUUUUAAGUGGUAUGGAGAACAAAGUAAAACCUGUUUGAAAGAA